AUCAAGCGCCUACCGCUCACCCUCUACGUGCUAAUCCAUUCAUUAUGCCUGCCAAGGACUGCGCCGAGAGCAAAGCUCAACACGACGCUGAGCGCAGUGAGCUUGAAGCCAAGAAGAAGCGUCUCAAGACGCAGAGCAAACACGUCGAGUCCGAGGACGACGAGACGGAGGAGGAGGACGCGCCCUCCACGAGUGACAGCGACAGUGACGAUCACGUGGAUUUCAGUGCCAUUACUGCGCGUCUGGGCCGCUCAGCCAGCGCACACCGUCGCUCUGUAGUGUCCUCCUUCGUGCCUCCUCCGAACGAACUGUGGACGCCUCCGGUGUACCCCAAGAGCACGCACGACGCCGAGUCUAUUCGUCGCUCUGUACGUCGCAACCUGCUCUUUGCUAAAAUCCCGGAAGACACGCUGCAAGUACUGGUGGACGCCAUGAAAUACGAGGCGAUAGAUGCCGGCGUGGACGUUGUGACGCAGGGCGACGUGGCUGGAGACAGGUUCUUCAUCUUGGACAGCGGAACGUGCGACGUGCUGGUCAACAAUCGAGUCGUAGGGGAAGUGAGUGCCACAUCUGUACGCAAUUAUUUCGGCGAGUUGGCGCUGCUGUACGAUUCGCCAAGAGCCGCAACUGUUUGUGCCAAAACACCUGUAGAGUGUUGGUCAUUGGACAGAGUGACGUUCAAACGGGUGUUGAUGGCCACAACUAUGCAACAGCGAGCACUUUACCUGGACUUCUUAGACCAGGUCCCCAUCUUCUCAACCUUGUCGAGCUAUGAGAAGAUGACGGUGGCCGACGCCUUGCGCGUACAGUUCGUGGGAGCGGGAGACGUCAUUCUCACGGAAGGAUCCAGAGGCGACGACUUUUAUAUUAUUGCAGACGGCGAAGUGAAGUGCACGCGUGGAGAAGAGGAAGUGUCGGCUCGCCUUGGAGCUGGCGACUUCUUCGGCGAACUCGCACUCAUCCACGACGACGUGCGUCAAGCCACCGUCACAGCCAUGCGCAAGACCAAGGUGCUUAUGCUGGACCGAGCCACGUUCAAGCGUCUGCUAGGCCCCAUGCAAGAGCACCUGCGUAAACGUGCGGACCUCUACGAACUCUACAUGAACACACCGAGAACCCAGCGCACAACUGAUCUACUGAAGUAAGAUAAUUGUAGAUAUGCGUGGCAAGCUCACUCCAUUGUGAAAUACAACGACAUGCUAAGGCCACCGGGAGCUUUUUACCCUGUCAAUAUAAAAAAACAAUGUAAUCAA